UUUAUUUUUUCUUUUUCUGUACUAUAAGUAGGAUUGCUUACAACACUGCAAGAAAUGUAUUGCAGCAAUCAUGAAAAAAAGCUUGAUAUGCUACAAAUCUGGCCAGCGAAUCGCAUUAUUUGAACUUUCACGAAUGGGUGCCAUGCAAUUUUAUUUUACCCAGGCGUUUCAAACUGGGCAUGAGUAAUGAUCCCCUUUGGUGUUUUGAAAUAACUUCUUCAUAAUGGUCCCUCUCAUACGCAAUGCUUUUUAUCCCUCACCCCCACGAAGUUAAAAACGGAGUCUGUUUAACAUUUGGAGUUUGUCAGGCUUUGCUCACCCUUGCAUGCCUGGUCAGCCCUGGCCUGUGAUCUUGGUCUGACCAUGGCUUUCAGAGGAGUUGUUGUGGUGCUCUGUGUCCUGUGUUUCCUACACGCCUCUUUCCAACAGAGCCCCCCAAAGAAAAAACCUGUGAAGAAAGAUGCAACAAAUACAGCCGUGAUUGAGGAGCUCAAAAAACAGAUUGAUAACAUCUUGCAGGAGCUGAGUCUGUUGAAGGAGCAGCAGGCUUUACAGACAGUUUGCCUGAAAGGCACCAAGAUCCACGGCAAGUGCUUCCUGGCCGUGAACCAGAAGAAGAAGUACCAUGCGGCCAGCGAGGACUGCAUCUCCAAGGGGGGCACGCUGAGCACGCCCCUCCACGGCGACGAGAACGACUCGCUCUACGACUACAUGCGGAGGAGCGUCGGGCCCGAGGCGCAGAUCUGGCUGGGCAUCAACGACAUGGCCAGCGAGGGCACCUGGCUGGACAUGACGGGCUCCAGCGUCAAGUACAAGAACUGGGAGACCGAGAUCACCACCCAGCCCGACGGGGACCGCGCCCAGAACUGCGCCGUGCUCUCGGGCCCCGCGAACGGGAAGUGGUUCGACGAGAACUGUCGCGCGGAGAAGCCGUUUAUCUGCGAGUUCAACAUCGUCUGAUGCGGUUGAGCUGGCCCUGCUCUCGACUGCAGCCACCUGUGCAGUCCCACCGUUAGUCACUCAAACACUAUCCUCUAAAGCUGCGGAAUAAGUAUGAUCCGACAGGUGCUUUGUCUUGGAGUAGCGAACCCACCCCCCUUCAUUCCCUGUGUAAAAUCGAUUGACGAGCGAAUUCCAGCUUUCCUCCGUAUUUUCAUUUGCUUAUCUUAGGCUAAACGAAUGCCACAGAUGCCAGCACCAGCGUUACUGCAACUCUCCAGUCAAAAAAGCUAUUCUCCUGUAGAAAACGCUUCACGAUCAUGAGGGAAUCUGUCGAUGUGGCAUUGCAGACAUCAUAGAGCUAAAGAAACACUGUCUAUAGGCUUUCAACGUCAAAGGUUCUUGUUAGUGGAAAGUUAAUUUCAGGUAGCUAGCCUCUUGUUUUUAACAAAUGUCUAGCCUGCUACAGUAUAACUGAAAAUAUGAACAUUAAUCUCUGUUCGAAGAUAACUUAAUAAAAUAUAUGAAA